ACUAUUGAAAUCACUAUCAAGCGUGUAACUAUCAUUAUUUAUUCUUCUUCAAAACUAAACAAAUUUCCAAGGAAUUAAAUUCUGGAAAUUGAAAAAAUUCAAAGGGAGUUGAACCUCCCCUUAGAAUUCGUGGAGUCUACCCUUUUCAAUAAUCGAACAAUCACAUAAUUCGAAGUCCUAAAUCGCGAGUAGAAGCUACUUACACCUUGAUUCAUUCAGUCUAGUCCCCCACUUUUGAAGGAGGAAGAACAGACAACCGCUAUGCUAUGAUAUCUACAAUUUUAACGUGAGAGUAAACUGAAAGUACUUGUCGAUCAGUGCAUGUCGAAAAGUCAAAAGUGUUGACCGUGUCGUGUAGUAAAGCGCGAAGCACGAACCAAAAGUGACGGAAGGGCACAGGAAGUGAGUGGUUCCCACACGGAAAUACAAACCGAAAGGUUGAUGGUUUUGCGAUACAACAACGAUGUACCUGAAGAGGUUCAAGUGCGUCUGGUCAAUCAAAACACCGUCAGUUGGAAAUUACAUGUAGUACCUAUUUCAUGGAUACACAGAAAUGGGAAAUAUUGGAAGUCAAAAUGGACAACUCAAAUAUAAACCAACGAAUCCUGAUGACCUGCAAUGGCCCCAUUCAUUUCCAAGGACCCAACCAAGGUUCCAACAGAAUCAGUUGAAGGUCCUCCCUGAUAAAACGCCAAAAAUCAGAUUGAGGCACACAGAGAAUGGGGAGCUGCUGCACAAUAAAGGCACUCUUACUGGAAGGCAAAUUCAAAGCAGGUUGGAGGAAACUAGGGAGAUUCAAAAAUGCGAAUCAGAGCCUCAUCUAAAUCGAUUGAUCAAUCCUCAUCAUUCAGAUUCGUUCGAAUCAGAUAAAGAGAAGAAAUUCAGGAAGAAGUAUAAAGCACCGCCACCACCAAAUCAGGGAAACAAAUUUAACCAAAAUACUGAUUAUUGGGAAGACCGAAAUGCCUCAUCAUCAAAACCUAGGCUUUUCAAAACGAAAAUUGAGAGUGAAAGAAAACGUUCCGUUCCUGAAUUGCAGGAGAAGUCUGAUUACUUCAAAUCACAACACAGGAACCAUCUUCAUACACGUAAGGAAGAUGAAAAUUUCCCUUAUUCUUCAUCCCAUAGGCUAUCCCUUCCUGCUUUGAACGCACCAGCUUGGGACCUUCAAGGGGAACUGAAAGAGGCCACUAAACGAUUGAGAAAAAUUAGGAUGGAUGAAAACAAUCAACAUUUUUCAUCCAGGGAAUUACACUCCGACGAUAGCACAAAGAGGAACAAGUUGAAAACGCUAGAUCAUCAUAUAGAUAGGACGGAUCUUAUCAAAUUAAAAAACAGCAAUUUGCGCCAAAUAAAACAGCUCAAAAAGGAUAAAACCCAAUCGCUUGUAAGAAGCGAAGCCUCAGGACAAGAAUCACCGCCACCUGAAGAUAAAAUCGAACAGAAAAAAAGCAAAGAAAUUAAAACUGAUGGGCCUAAACACUUCUACUUUGGGAUGACAGCAUCCCAACAAGGGUCUACAAACAAACCUUACUCCAUACUCGAAGGACUAAAUAACGUCGAUUCAGAAGAUUCUGCUGAAAUGAAACAUAAUGCAGAUGAUUCAGAUGCUGAUUUGAAAAAUAGAAAACCGACUAUGACCAAAGAAUCGAAAAAUUCUAGGAUAUUACAGGGUCAAAAUUGGAAACAGUCAUCAUCAGUGGAAUCAAUAUUGAAUCAAACUACUUCCAAGGAAUCCAAGUAUUCAUCGGAAGAAAAUGAGGAACCUUCUAGGGUGUUUUCCAUUUUUCCAGUCAGAUCAACAUCGAAUGACAGAUCACGUUCUGGAGAUUCUGGAAUAUCUGGUGAUGGUAGCCCCACCGUAUACGAGGAUAGUUCAGAACCUUUAAUGAAUUCCAAGGAUAAUAUAAAGUCUUUGCGGUUAAUACCAGGGUGGACACCUCAGCAGGAUCUCGGAGACGACUCAAGCUUCGAGGAAGAAUCUUAUACAGCAGGUGAUUACCCAGAAAAUUUCGAUGUUCAAUCAAACCAGCGGCAUGUCUUCAGUCUCUCAUUGCCCAGAGACCACCAUCUAUCGGCAUAUAUUCCAGAGAACUACAACGAAACAAAUUUUGAAAAAAUUAAAAGAUCUGUGUCAGGAAUACUGAACACAAUAAACAAAAAAGAAGCGGAAAGUACUCCAGAAAACGAAAAGGGCAAUUGGUUCUUGAAUAAGUCAUGUAGUGACUUAAUUCAUCCACCAAUUACUCAAUUAUCUGAAGAAUUGGACGAAUUCAUAACAAGAAACACCAAACUAAAUACUGGUAGAAUUAUAUACUUACCUAAGGCAGAUAAACCUGCACGACCUAGAAGAUAUGAAACAAGAAGCAAACAGAAAUAUGUAAGAGAUGAAAAUUUGGAAAGACCAGCUUUUGCUGCCGGCCAAAAUCAGAACGAAAGAAAGUCAAAUCAUGUGCCAGAAAAUUUGCAGGACUCACCUAUAAUGAGCGAUAAAAGAAAUUAUAAGAAGAAAACUAAACGUUUCACAUUCCAAAGUACCAUAAGGCAGAUUGAAAGAAGGAGAAUCGCUGAAAAAUUAUCAAGAGAAGCUGAAAGAAAAGAACAACAAAGGCUCAGGGAGUUGGAGGUCAUGCAGAAAGUGGAAAGGGAGUUUCAAAAGAAGAGAGCCAGAGAAAAAGUCAAUAUAAAACAGCAGCUUAGUAGGUAUAGUUACGAAAAUACCUUGUAUAAUUCUUCACCUGAUUUGAAAAAUGAUAACGACUCAGCAGUUGGAGAAUUACAUACAAGAUCAGAACCUGAUGGGGCAGUAUCAUCUUCUCCAACUUCUUCACUAAGUCAAUUAGAUAAUAAACAGAACCAUAAGAAGUAUAGCGAUAAGGAUGUUAUGGACUUUGUAAAUAACAAUAGGGAAUAUAGGCCAUGUUCCAAUGAUUCAGAUGAUACCAGGUCAAAAUCGAUCAUGCAAACUCAAGUUUUGUCAGAAUUCCGUCAACCUCAAAGAGAAUACAGGGACUAUCACUCAAGCAAAAAAAAUUUUACUGAUGGGUCAGAUAGGCAAACCACAAUACAUCCCAAAGUUACAUACAAAAUGCCUAAAAGCAAGGGUAUAUCCAGAUAUGAGAGCAAUAAUUACCGUAAAGAUUUCGCGUAUGGCGUAAAAACAAAAUCGGAAACUCCAUGGCAUCAGCAAGGGCCACCAACAAAGAACCCACCAAAUGAUUAUUAUAGUCAAUUUGGACCUUUGACAAGGUUUUAGAAUAUUUUAUCACAUUAUAUAAUUUUGUAUAUGUUACUAGAGUUUUUUAACUGUUAAUCUUUGAAAUAAAUUAUUCUAUUUGUU